GGAGGAAUGUACAUCGUGGACCUUCUAAACAUCUUCGGCACCGGCAACCCCAUCCUGUUCAUCGUGUUCGUGGAGGCCAUGGCCGUCUGCUGGUUCUACGGCGCCGAGAGGUUCGCCGACGACAUUGAACGCAUGCUGGGCAACCGACCCGGCAAGUUCUGGAUCGUGUGCUGGAAAUACAUCUCCCCGACCUUCAUCUUCGUCCUCUUCGUGUGUUCCUUUGUCCUGGAUGACGGGGCCGCUUCGCUGGGGCUCGAGCCGUGGGCCGUGGUGCUGGCGUGGUGCCUCACCUGCUCCUCCAUCAUCUGCAUCCCCCUCUACAUCCUGUACAUGUUUUCUACCACGCCCGGGACCAUUAGAGAGCGCAUCAAGGCAAUGAUAAAACCGGAGGAGUACGUCCCGCCACAGCUGAGUCAGGUGAACCCCAACUACGGAACGCACAUCUGAAUGAGCUAACCGACGACCAGCCACGCAAGGAACACCCUCAGUUCAAACCACAACACGAUCAUGGAACCUCUCGCAUCACACCUCCCACUUUUGAACCUCCUCCGUGGCACACAACCUGCGAGAAUGAAAAUUUUAACUGAUUUGCAUAACUACAGACUCAGGAUUGAUUGGAUCAUCUACAGCCAUGGAUUGUGACUCUUUUGAUCUUCUUCGACGGUAAUCUCGGGAGCGGAGAUGCAAAAGUGAUCCUAAACCUGCUCUCGAAAUCUAUUUAAAACGUUGCAUUUCUAUCUUUGCAUGGCGUGAAUCGUAAAAGAAAAAUACACUCCAUAACCCGUAAGAGUUCGCAGGACGUGCAUAGAAACAUUCAAGAAGUCCAAUUUGGUCUUCAACAGUAAUCUCAGAGGGAGCGGAGAUAUAAGAGUGAUCCUAAACCUGCUCUCGAAAUCCAUUUAACGUAGCAUUUCUAUUUUGCAUGGCGUGAAUCGUAAAAGAAAAAUACACUCCAAAACCCGUAAAAGUUUCCAGGACGUGCAAAAAAAUAUUCAAGAAGUCCAAUUUGCUCUUCGACAGGAAUCUUUUGACUGUAGAUUAAUUAUUCCUAACCCGCGUUCGAAAUGCACCCAAACAAAUUGAUAACUAAUGGCUUUGCGUGCACGGCGCCAAGAAUGCACACCAGAAUCGUUGAAAUCUCGUUGAGUGCGCAAAAAAGCCUGUCACUGACCCGCAUAAUAUCACGCUAUUUCUUUAACCUGCUCUUCAAAUGGGGAAAAAAUAUCAACUCGUGUUCGAAAUUUCCCCUUUAUAUACCAACUCUAAUUUUUGGCGUGGAAAAUCAACAAGAAAGCGCUCAAGAACCGUGAAAAGUUCGUGAGCAGCGCUAAAAAAAACACUUAUUUAUAUUAUUCGUAAGCUUUACAAAUAAGAUCAGUCUUCGUAUUCGUUCCUUACCGGUUUUAAGGAGCUAUACUUGUCGACUUCGCAUUGUCUUCAGGUGGGCACUCUGCGUCGCCUGAUCUUCGUGGCUCGCCGGGUGUUUCAAUCUGAAGUGUUUGUUGUUGUGAUCGGCGUUUGUCAGUCACACGUGUACCAGUCCUCUCCAGCUGGUUGUCUACGUAAGCUUAUCGUGUAUCUUGCCAGUUGAAGCUCUCCGUAUCUAACUAGUUUCCGUGACCAAGAGUUUGAAGCGUACCAGAUUCAAUGAUUUUCAGGAUUAUUUACACUCUACAUUCCAACUUAUUUAUAUCCAUGUGUGUUGAACGUGUCUCUUGGUGUUACGUGGAUGAUCUCUUUCCUUCCCGCGCUAGCCAGUCUAUCCCUUCGUCUGACCUCAGCAAUGUUACGUGGGUAGUUCAUCUAAUUCUUGUGCUAGACAUUCUACCCUUCGUCUGACCUCUGCAAUGUUUAAAUAAGCCACGUACGUGUUUCUCAUCAUGGUGUUACGUGGAUAGUCUUAAUUCUCGUGCUAGCCAGUCUGUCUCCGUACGUCUGACCUCUUCGGUGGUUCAUCCUCCCCUCGGCUUCGUCUCGUGUCCCUUCGGCCUCCACUUCUCCCUCGGUGUCUUGGGAGGCGCCGUGGCUGGCUGUCCGUCUGUCAGCUGUCGUGGCCGUGUGUGUAGUGCAAGUCCAGCGGUGCCUCGGUAUCCUGUCUGCCGCUGGUUUCUGGUCGUCUUACAGUUAAUUAAGUGAGUCGUUUUGAUGUUGAAAACGUCUGGCAAUCAAAAUAUGUCCGUUGACACUGUUACUAGCUGGUUAAACGUAGGUGUAAAUAUCAUCAUACAGUUUGUGAGUAAGGUAAAUGUUAUGUUGAAGUAUUUCUUAGAUUAACGAAUGUAAAGAAUGUGGGAGUGGUCAAGUCAUUUUAAGGCCUUUCCGCUGUUUUUUUUUUUGUGCAUAUGUGUGGUGAUGCCUAAGUUUGCAGACUCGACAAAACUUUCCCACGGACCUGUCAAGUUUGUAUUCUUAGCCGUUUAUUUAGGAGGGAAAACUAUAAGUAUUAGCAGCAAAAUAUCGUUCCCAGCGGAAGCCUCAGAUAACUUGGCUACUCUCUCUAGGAUUACAACACAUAUAUGACUUCAACUGAGUGGACAAACCCCAUCCAUGACCUAAAUAUGCAGUGUUUGGUGUAGCGAGGAGCCAGGUUGUAGUGUAGUCAGUCAAUCAGUGAGUCUCCCCUGCAGUAUAGUAGCGUUACGGUUCUCUGUGGUGCAGCCCGGGGUGGGGGACGGCCUUACCACGCCCUCCCCCCCCUGCUCACAGACAUCGAAUAGUUCUCCGUUGACCUUAAGUGAUAUUCCCGAUGGUGAAGACCCGCAGCGUACAACAAGUAGCCGUAUUGAAAGUAACUCCCCGUGUGGCGUUACUCUAGAGGCGAUGACGGCUCUUCCUCUCGCCCUACGUAUAUAGUUUUUGUCGUGUAGGUGACUCUAGAGGUGACUAGCGAUACAUAGUGAGUGUUACAUGGAUAAAAUAUACAUAGUGGAUAUUUUGUCACAGCAAAUACAAAUGCAUAUUUUGAAUAAUGAACGGUAAUGUUUUGUACAGUUUAUUGAUUUAUUUUUCUUAGUCGAUAAGGUUAUACUUACAUGUAGAUAGAUGGACCUGACUGUGUGUGUGUGUGUAUGUGUGUAUGUGUGUGUGUGUGUGUGUCGUCGUGCACGUAGUGGUCAGCGUGGUGUUGCCGGUGUUGCUGUCUCGUCGUGUUGGUUUGUCUUAACAUUAACGAUUCUCAAAGUAUUAUUACAGUAGGCAUAGAGUUAUAGCAGCAGCCCCCGGUGUGUAGGUAUGCGGGGAAGCGGUCGUGUUUGUGUGUGUGUGUGUGUGUGUGUGUGUGU